CCUGUGUUUGUCAAAAAAAAAAAUCAUCCCUGUGAGCGGUCAAGCGAGCGACAAUAUCCAACAUCUUAGGAUGGUUUUCUUGUUGGACGCCGAUGCCGAGAGAAGAACCGGGCAAGGCGGCGAUCCAGAUCCAGAUCCAGCAGCGGUAAAAGUAGGGAGAUGGACCAGACGCAGCGGCUGCCCGAAGACGUGCUCGCGGACGUCCUCCGCUGUCUUCCACCGCGCAGUCUUGCUGCAGCCCGCUGCGUGUGCCGCUCCUGGCACGCCAUCGUCGACGCUCAUCGUCUCCUGGACCGGGACCUCCUCCCGCUCUCCUUGGCCGGCUUCCUCAUCAACUUCUGUGAGCUUGACUUCACGGAGUUCUUCUUCCACCCCUCAGCAAUCCGCGGCUAUGCCGACCUCCACUUCAUGCCCACGGACGACAUAUCUGUGGAGGACGUAUGCAACGGCCUAGUUUUGCUAGAUCAUUAUGUGGUCAAUCCCGCCACACGAUGUUGGGCAAGCCUGCCCCCACGCCCAUCUCCUCCCUUGGGGUUUGAGCUCUUUUAUUAUGAACGAAACUACAUCGUGUUUGAUCCCACGGUGUCGCCGCACUACCAAGUGCUUAGGUUCCUACAUGUACCCCCCCGUGGGCGUGGACUGGAUGCAGAGACGAAGCAACAGCAAUGGCCUCCGUCUCCAUACAUGAUGCAUGUUUUCUCUUCAGAAACAACAAGGUGGGAAGAGAGAUCGUUCAUCCGACAGGGAGAUGCCCUGGGGACUCUUGCCGACAUGUUACUGCCUCCGCUGCCAAUGCCAGAUGAACUAUACGCUGUGUACUGGCAUGGUGAAAUCUAUGUGCACUGUCAUUUUGUUAUGAGAAUAUCGUUAUCAAGUGGCACGUACCAAGCAAUUAAACUGCCAACAGAUGUUGAUCAGCACCGGUGGGCACAGGUUCUUCUUGGAAGAUCAGAGAAGGGGUUGUAUUUUGCAGCACUUGAUGGUCAAUGUCAGCUUCGAGUUUGGAUACUCACUGAAUUACCCUGCGAUCAGAGUGAGUGGCUUCUGAAGCAUGAUAACAACCUUCACCAAAUCCCACCACCUCAAAACUAUGAUCCACAAGUUCACAGGCCCUGCUGGAUUAUGGCAGACAUUAAUCCAGCUAUUUACAGUACAGUAAAAGACAAGUUGGAGUUGAAUUCAGACCAUGGGAUCAUCUUUGAAACUAGACUUGAAGGGCACAGGUGGGAUGAACAUAUUAAGAUCCUUGGAUUUCAUCCUUACAAAGAAAUUAUUUAUUUCAGUGAAACGUUGAACAGAGGAUAUGCCUAUCAUCUAGAUGAACUCAAGCUAGAAGACUUGGGCAACAUGCGCCCAAAAAGAUUGAAUGACUGCUAUAAUAAGGAACUAGAAAGAUCUAUUCCAUAUACACCUUGUUUGUUGGGCCCAUAAUAAGGAUGUAGAUAAUUGAUUGACAAGCUUGUCAGGGAUUUCCAACGGAAGCUAUGCCUACACAUGAUGCAUACGUCUCUGUCCCUUGAGCUGCUUCACUUCCCGGCAUAGUCUAUGAAAGAGUUCAGUUUCAUUUUUCAUUUACAUUUUAGUGUCUCAUGUACUGUUGCUCAGUUAUAGCUAGAUCUACCGUUACCAUGAGCUGCCAUGGGUUCAGUUGUAAGGAUAAGAUCCAAAUUAAGAUUUGUGUUUGACAAAGAAUGCAAGAAAUGUUGUGGUUCUCCCAUUCU